AUGUUUGGCUUCAAGCAGGUGGAGAACCUGGAGGAUGGCAGCGAGCUCGAGGCUGAUGUUUCUUUUCAAAUGAAACGGUCCACGUUGAAGAAGACGGCUGUAGCACUGGCAACUGCGAUGGUCGUUUGUGUUGGCAUUUUCGCCUUGUCAACGAAUGGCUUCAGCCGCAGCUGCAGCAAUGUUGGAGCUUUGCAAGGCAAGUCUUCUUUGGACCUUAGUUCCGCCAUCCGCAGCACUAGUGAAAAACUGAUCCAGGCAACCAAGAACAACCAAACUCUGGCUGAUGAGACUGUGCUGAAGGCCAUGGUGAAGGCAGGUCGCAAGGUUCAGGACCAUUGGGAGAAGCACCACAUCCGCAAAUUGGACACUCUUAUGACCAUCAGAAGGGUGAAAGGAUUCCGCCAAAGACAAAAGGCCAAACUUGCUGGAAUGGCAGAAUGCUCCUUCAACAUCUUGGAGGCAUUUGUCUCAGUGGUGGGUAUGGGUGAUGACAUCAAUGCCAUCAUUCGCACUUGCCCUGCACCUCGUGAUGGUGAGUCUGAGUUGGCUUGCCAGGUAAACGGUGCCAUCCUGGGUGCUUGGGUGGGCAACCUUGCUGCCAAGCUGGCCUUGGCAGCUUCAGAUUGUGCCUUGAGCCUCAACGUGGAUGCCAUUUGCUCUGCUGGUGUCGCAGGCUUGGUGUCAGCCAUGGGAGAGAUUGCAGCUGGAGCUUCUUUGGGUGUGGCCUGUUCCGGAACUCCGCCACAACUGACCACCACCAAGGUCAGUGUCCUGGGAGAUCAGACCGUCCGGGACAGCCGACGUUUGCUGAUUGGAGAAGGCGCUGUCGGCAAUGGUGUGCAGUGUGGUGUGGAUGUGGGCAUGGUGGCAGCCAACAUUGCAAACAUGGGUCUUGCCAUCAACAAGGCCGUGAAUGUGAACAAGUGCAAAGCGAGCACCUUUCCGCUCACCAUUGAACGUGACUUUCUGGAUGUCAACGCACUUUGUGCUGGCUCCAUAGCUGCGAUCACCACGGGUGCAGCGGCCAUUGUGCCCUACGGCGCAGCAGUGCACGCGGCCUGCGCGAACAACCAUUUCUUGAAGACACCCAAGAGUCAAGCACAGCUUUCGAAAUUGUGGUAUUCCCCAGGCUAUGAUCCUGUGUCAGGCUUGAAGCGUCGACGCUUGACGGAGGAGGAGACGGCUGCUAAGCAACCCUUGAAGGAAAGCUUGUCUCAGAUCGCGGCGAACCGUGAGACUUUGGAGGAGCUGAAGAAGGCGACGGAUGUUCCCAAGCCGGGCAGCACAGAGGCAGACAUGGAGACUCUCUUGAACCUCAUGGGCGGAGAGGACAAGGUGGAGAACCUGGAGGAUGGCAGCGAGCUUGAGGCUGAUGUUUCUAUUCAAAUGAAACGGUCCACGUUGAAGAAGACGGCUGUAGCACUGGCAACUGCGAUGGUCGUUUGUGUUGGCAUUUUCGCCUUGUCAACGAAUGGCUUCAGCCGCAGCUGCAGCAAUGUUGGAGCUUUGCAAGGCAAGUCUUCUUUGGACCUUAGUUCCGCCAUCCGCACCACUAGUGAAAAACUGAUCCAGGCAACCAAGAACAACCAAACUCUGGCUGAUGAGACUGUGCUGAAGGCCAUGGUGAAGGCAGGUCGCAAGGUUCAGGACCAUUGGGAGAAGCACCACAUCCGCAAAUUGGACACUCUUAUGACCAUCAGAAGGGUGAAAGGAUUCCGCCAAGGACAAAAGGCCAAACUUGCUGGAAUGGCAGAAUGCUCCUUCAACAUCUUGGAGGCAUUUGUCUCAGUGGUGGGUAUGGGUGAUGACAUCAAUGCCAUCAUUCGCACUUGCCCUGCACCUCGUGAUGGUGAGUCUGAGUUGGCUUGCCAGGUAAACGGUGCCAUCCUGGGUGCUUGGGUGGGCAACCUUGCUGCCAAGCUGGCCUUGGCAGCUUCAGAUUGUGCCUUGAGCCUCAACGUGGAUGCCAUUUGCUCUGCUGGUGUCGCAGGCUUGGUGUCAGCCAUGGGAGAGAUUGCAGCUGGAGCUUCUUUGGGUGUGGCCUGUUCCGGAACUCCGCCACAACUGACCACCACCAAGGUCAGUGUCCUGGGAGAUCAGACCGUCCGGGACAGCCGACGUUUGCUGAUUGGAGAAGGCGCUGUCGGCAAUGGUGUGCAGUGUGGUGUGGAUGUGGGCAUGGUGGCAGCCAACAUUGCAAACAUGGGUCUUGCCAUCAACAAGGACUUUCUGGAUGUCAACGCACUUUGUGCUGGCUCCAUAGCUGCGAUCACCACGGGCGCAGCGGCCAUUGUGCCCUAUGGCGCAGCAGUGCACGCGGCCUGCGCGAACAACCAUUUCUUGAAAACACCCAAGAGUCAAGCACAGCUUUCGAAAUUGUGGUAUUCCCCAGGCUAUGAUCCUGUGUCAGGCUUGAAACACCGUCGACGCUUGACGGAGGAGGAAGAGACGGCUGCUAAGCAACCCUUGAAGGAAAGCUUGUCUCAGAUCGCGGCGAACCGUGAGACUUUGGAGGAGCUGAAGAAGGCGACGGAUGUUCCCAAGCCGGGCAACACAGAGGCAGACAUGGAGACUCUCUUGAACCUCAUGGGCGGAGAGGACAAGGUGGAGAACCUGGAGGAUGGCAGCGAGCUCGAGGCUGACGUUUCUUUUCAAAUGAAACGGUCCACGUGGAAGACGGCUGUAGCACUGGCAACUGCAAUGGUCGUUUGUGUUGGCAUUUUCGCCUUGUCAACGAAUGGCUUCAGCCGCAGCUGCAGCAAUGUUGGAGCUUUGCAAGGCAAGUCUUCUUUGGACCUUAGUUCCGCCAUCCGCAGCACUAGUGAAAAACUGAUCCAGGCAACCAAGAACAACCAAACUCUGGCUGAUGAGACUGUGCUGAAGGCCAUGGUGAAGGCAGGUCGCAAGGUUCAGGACCAUUGGGAGAAGCACCACAUCCGCAAAUUGGACACUCUUAUGACCAUCAGAAGGGUGAAAGGAUUCCGCCAAGGACAAAAGGCCAAACUUGCUGGAAUGGCAGAAUGCUCCUUCAACAUCUUGGAGGCAUUUGUCUCAGUGGUGGGUAUGGGUGAUGACAUCAAUGCCAUCAUUCGCACUUGCCCUGCACCUCGUGAUGGUGAGUCUGAGUUGGCUUGCCAGGUAAACGGUGCCAUCCUGGGUGCUUGGGUGGGAAACCUUGCUGCCAAGCUGGCCUUGGCAGCUUCAGAUUGUGCCUUGAGCCUCAACGUGGAUGCCAUUUGCUCUGCUGGUGUCGCAGGCUUGGUGUCAGCCAUGGGAGAGAUUGCAGCUGGAGCUUCUUUGGGUGUGGCCUGUUCCGGAACUCCGCCACAACUGACCACCACCAAGGUCAGUGUCCUGGGAGAUCAGACCGUCCGGGACAGCCGACGUUUGCUGAUUGGAGAAGGCGCUGUCGGCAAUGGUGUGCAGUGUGGUGUGGAUGUGGGCAUGGUGGCAGCCAACAUUGCAAACAUGGGUCUUGCCAUCAACAAGGCCGUGAAUGUGAACAAGUGCAAAGCGAGCACCUUCCGCUCACCAUUGAACGUGUUCAAGGGCAUCCCAGAGACACUUUGCACCAUUGACAUUGGUGGUGCUGUGGCGUACAUCGGUGAGGUUGUUACCUUCAUCAAUCUCAUUGUGGUUCACUGUAAGGACUUUCUGGAUGUCAACGCACUUUGUGCUGGCUCCAUAGCUGCGAUCACCACGGGUGCAGCGGCCAUUGCGCCCUAUGGCGCAGCAGUGCACGCGGCCUGCGCGAACAACCAUUUCUUGAAGACACCCAAGAGUCAAGCACAGCUUUCGAAAUUGUGGUAUUCCCCAGGCUAUGAUCCUGUGUCAGGCUUGCGUCGACGCUUGACGGAGGAGGAGACGGCUGCUAAGCAACCCUUGAAGGAAAGCUUGUCUCAGAUCGCGGCGAACCGUGAGACUUUGGAGGAGCUGAAGAAGGCGACGGAUGUUCCCAAGCCGGGCAACACAGAGGCAGACAUGGAGACUCUCUUGAACCUCAUGGGCGGAGAGGACAAGGCGCGUGCCGCCUGGCCAUUUGAAUGCUAG